AUGAAGGCUUCACAGUCUCUUUCGCGAAUUCGAAUGCCUGCGGAGUGGGAACGGCACGCCGCGUGCUUAAUUUUAUUUCCUCACAAUGCUGCAACCUUUCGACUCUCGUUGGCCCAGCCUCAAGUCUUAAGAGUAGCGCGAACGAUUGCCACCGUCGGCCAAGAGCCUGUGAUAUUGUUCGCCAAUGAUGAAAUGGAAACAUUCCGGUUACGUGAAUUGCUGAAGCUGGACGAAAAUAUCCGGGUCUUGACUUGUCCCAGCAACGAUACUUGGGCUCGUGAUACGGCUCCGACUUUCGUCACUCUAAACGAUGGCGACGGGCAAAACAAUGAGUUAUUGCUCAGAGGUUUGGACUGGGAUUUCAAUGCCUACGGAGGUGCCGAGGAAGGAUGUUACUGGCCCUGCUGUCUUGAUCAGAAAGUUGCGGCAACAAUGUGCCGACAAAUAAGUGACGUAGGAAUUUUGGCGGAGCCGAUUGAGUCGCUCCCGAUUUCCUUGGUGCUAGAAGGAGGAUCCAUCCAUACCGAUGGUGAAGGAACUAUUUUGACAACCAGAGAAUGCCUUUUGAAUAACAACCGGAACCCCAGCAUGUCGCGGCAAGAAAUCGAGGAAAUCAUUUUAUGUAACACGGGCUGUACAAAGAUGAUUUGGCUAAGCGAUGGGCUGGCCAACGACGAUGAUACGAACGGCCACGUCGACAACUUUGCCUGCUUUAUCAGACCAGGACACGUUUUGUUGGCUUGGACGGAUGAUGAAGUUUAUGACACCGAAAAUUACGUCCGAUGCCGCGCCGCUCUGCAAAUAUUACAGAAGGAGCGAGACGCCCGUGAACGCAACUUGACGGUGGACAAAUUAUACCUACCGACGCCAAUGACGUACUCCCAAGAAGUAGUUGAUUCUCUCAAUUCUUGUAUAUCUGGUCCAAAUAUCGCUGCUAGACAUGCUGGUGAGAGACUUGCUGCUUCUUACAUCAACUUUUAUAUUGCGAACGGUGCCGUAAUUGUUCCUCAAUUUGAUGACGAUGUUUAUGAUUCCAAGGCUAUCGAGACUCUUGAGGAACUCUUCCCUGCGCAUAAAGUAGUCGGUGUUUCCAGUAAAGAAAUUCUUAUUGGCGGUGGGAAUAUUCACUGCAUCACACAACAAGUUCCUUCACUACUUUAG